UAUUGACAUUUUCAUUAAAGCGAUAAAUACGAGUAUGUUUGAUAUACAUUUUCGUUCUUGUAAACCACGGACUGAUAAAAAGAGAUCGCUUUACACAUUAUAAAAUUUACGUAAGGUAAAACUUGACUAUUUUGUGGAGUUGAUUGUAUAUGAACAAAAUAGACUUAGUUAUUUUAUACUGCACUGAGAAUAUAAAUAUUACUUUAUAAAUAUGGCAACAUCGCGAGAUUACAGUAAAUCAGUGAUAGCCGCAUCGGACGAAAUCAAGGACAUAUUUUGUGAACCCUGCGUUGGUGAUGGAAAACAGAUAGAAGCAGAAGGAUUCUGUGUGGACUGUUCAGAGUAUCUGUGUGGACAAUGUUAUAACAGUCACGGGAGAUUUAAAGCGUUCAAACACCAUGUGCUCCAGGAUAAGAAAAAUAUGCCUGUUGAUGUAGCAAGUACAGGUGUACUUGAUGUGUGCGUAGAAAAGUGUUCUAAACAUCCAACAAAGAUUACUGAAUACUUUUGUCGGUCAUGUGACACACUUGGAUGUAGUGCGUGUAUCACUACAAACCAUCGCCAAUGCCAAACUGUCGACCACGUACCGGACAUUGUUAUAGAUCUAGAAAACAACGAGGAAUUCAAAAAGUUUGCUGAAUAUUUCGAUGAAAAACUUACGUUGCUGAAAGAAAAGAAGAACAAAAUUAAUUCUAGAAUGACUGAAGUAGAGGAAAUGAAAAAGCAAGCAAAGGCAGAACUUAAAAAGCAGCGUGAUGAGAUAAACAAGUUUUUCGACCAUCUUGAGGCUGAAAUGGACAAAAAAAUAGCAGACAUUGACAAAAAUAACAAGGAUACACUGAAAGCAGCGUCAGACAGAUGUAAUAUCUUAAAUGAUGAACUAAACAAAAUGAAAAAUGCCAUAGAGACAAAAAGAAAAAACGGCCAGAAAUGUCAACUGUUCAUAAAAAUGAAAAGAUCGGAACCGGAAAUUAAAAAUUUUGGCAGUCAGAUUGAAAUGCUAUAUGAAGAGAGCAAAGUACAAAGAUAUACACUAGUACAAUCCACACAGACAGACGAAAUAAUGAAAAACACAACUGAAAUAUGCAGAAUUUUAAAUGCAAAACUUGUUUCAGAGAUUGACGUAAGCUCUUGCAAAGACAAGGGAAAACCAUAUAUAAGAGGGAUGUCAGUGGUACAGAGACAUUACCUAGCUGUUGCAGACAGUGAAAAUAAAGCAGUGAAGAUAGUUGAUACUAGAAAUGGCGGAGUAACAUCUGAAAUUAGUUUGGAUUGUGAUUGUGUUUAUAGUGUCACAAAUGUCAAGAACGAUCAAAUUAUAGUUCCAUUGAUAUCUUAUGCACCUAAAUUCCAGACUAAUCUUCUCACUCUGACUGUAUCAGUGUCCGGUGUGCUAAGUAAAGGCAACGUGAUAACAACUACAGAGUCAGCUUGCGAUCUUGUUACUAUUGCACAACUCGUCUAUGUGUUACAUGGCAAUGAAAUCAAAGUACUCGAUAUGCAUGGAAAUGUUCUGAAGACAAUAAGACGUGUCAACAAUUACCUUCCUUCUAUAGCUGCAAGUUUUGACAAGAAAACCAUUUACUUAACAAACUAUGUCAAUAACCGUGUACACGGUAUGACCUUGGAAGGCAUGAUGACAGCAACCUACAUGGACAAGGAUCUACAAAAUCCCUGUGGUAUAACAGUAGACAAUGAGGACUUUGUCUAUGUAAGAAGUAACGGAGGCCUUCAUCAGUUGACAAAGGACUGUACCAAGGUUCAAAUUAUCUUAGACGACGUGCGUGGUACAGGCAUAACCCAUUCUGGCGCAGAUAAUAGACUCUAUGUGGGAGAACUUGAGAAAGUGAAAGUGUAUGAAUUGAAGUAGGGCGUUACAAUCAAAGUUCAAAAAUGUAAAUAUUAGACACUGCAGGAUGCUUCAGACAUGUAAACUAUCGACCCAAUAAAGAAAUUUUCUGAAUAACUUUCAUGUCCAAAUACAUGUACUAUGAAAUUCUUGAAAUAGUGAAAACACUGUCUUAUUAUUGAAACUAAAUAAUUGAUCAUUCCCCAUAUCUGUUAAUCGUCUGUCGAUAAUACAAAUGAAAUUUGCUGUCUGAAUAUUUUAAACAAGUAAAUUUACUAAAAGUUAACGUAUGGGGAACCAAAAAUUGACGUGUUUUGACUAAACUUGUACUGUAUAUUCUAAAUUUAAACUCAACUCGUUCUAGCAUUAAUUUAGAAGUCAUUUUGAUGUUGCCGUGAUUCUCCUGCUUUAUAACGAAAUACGUUCGCUUGUAAUUAUAGACUAAUUCUGCUUUCUUGUUUAGAAUUAGGCUUAUUUAAUUACCUAAAGACUCCAAAAUAUAGCGGUUCAACUAAAAAUCAUGUGUUACAAGAAUCACAUUCUGCAUGUCUUGAUUAAGAUGUGGCUUCCGAUAUUUUCAAUUUAAUGUUACCUUCUAUAGCUUAUUUGCUCUCUUAUUGUUUAGCUGUUGUGAAUAAUGUGUUGCUUUAUUACCUUUUAUUUAUGAAAUGGAAAGCAAGUGACAAAAGAAGAUCAUCAGCUAUCAAAACGUCACUAAUGACAUUUGAUUACACUUUGAUUCUGAAGCGAUUUGUAUCAUUUCAUUAUAAAUGCUCUCAAAUUUCUUACUACAGCUUGGAAUUUUGACGAAGAGAGGUGAUGCAUAGUUUCUCUUAAGUGUUUCUCUUAAUGUUCCAGUAUAUCCAGGAAUAUUCCACCAUAUAGUAAAAUUUAGUUUUCAAAUAUAAAAAAUAUUUUGA